CGAGGAUUCUCGCAGGGACAUCAAAGUUAACGGAGAGUUCCGUAAUAAUCGACAUGAUCAGCAUUUCUUCUCGACGACGGAGUACUCUAAGUCUAUCGUGGUGGGAGUCACGAGUCUAGUCAGUUGUGCUAUCAGUACUCCGUAAGGUAAGGUACGUUUGGUAAAAGGCCUGCCCAUCACUCUGUCAGUCUAAACACCUUUACGUCGGACCAGGUCUUGGCCUUCGUUCACUACGCUAUGCCAUUCGACAUGGAGUCAGGUUUCGAUGGAGCCACGAAGGAUCAACACCUCGUCAAUGAACUCUAUACUGUCUCGAACCAAGCUGCUGGGAUGAAGCGCCAUGAACCUGCAACGAGCGGCCGACAGCACAGCCAAACGCCAACCCGAGAGAAGGGGCACUCCUGGGAAACGGAGCACCUCGCGAAUAGUCAAGACUCAAGAGCUCCAGGGCUGGGACAAGGGGCACGGAGCACAGAGCGCCGAAGCUCGGUCGAAACUGAAGGCCGGGGCCGUCGACCCGUCGGCACCGUAAAGAUGGCCGGCCAUCUGACGGUCGUGUCUUGCGGCUCUUCGGUUUCUGAUGGGGACCCCCCGUCUCUGAGUCUCCAGCGAGAUCGAGCCCGGAAAGAUCACGCAUAUGUAUCCUUAGAAACUAUGGGGUCCGCAGAGAUUGCGUGAGAUUGCGCGACGUCCCGAAGAAGAAGCAUACACUAUCGCUUUCCCGGGACCCCACGAAGCUCAUCAACCCACAGGCGAAGAUCUGGAUGGGCCACACAAACGAACUUGAGAUGAUCGAUAUCAUACACUCCAGUGCGGCAGGAUUCUCCGCCCAAAGCUGCCAGUGUUUUUUUUUUCUGCCCACCGACCUGUCCCCGACACAAUGACCGAGUGCCGAAGCUUAGCAAUGACCCUUGAGUCCAGUCCAUUGGAGGGAAGGGUAAAAAAGCAAGAAAGUGUUUCGACAACUUGGCGGCCUUCAUCCAGCUGUCAGUGUUACAGUACUGUGUCCGUGACCAAGUCCGUCAGCAAGGACCAUCCAUACCUUCCAUCGCCCAUCAAACGGGCGCAAAGUCCGCACUACCAUGAUUAAGGAAGGCCAUUCAGUGAUGGAUCAAUCGCGCGGUGCGAGGAAAGCCUCACUUCUGACUCUUCCAAGGUUGCUUUCAGAGGUACAUGC